AUGACCUCCGUGACGCCAGGGCCCGAUCCUAUCCACGAAUUCAUGCAGCAGCUGGAGAAAUGGAAGGUCACGGCCGUCUGCGGGAGGCAAUACAUACAGGUUCAGAACCUGAAGCGCUGGAUGCUCGAGGGUCGGGUUGAUGGUCAGCCGACCAAGGUUGAUCGACUGCUCUUCGCCUGCUGCCGCUCGAAGAAUAGCUUCUCUCUUCUGUCAGACAAAAUCACAGAAGGCCCGUGGAAGUGCCUGCUGGUCUUCAGCAUUCUCCUCGAGCUCGGUAACGGUGCUUUGAUUGAAGAUUUGCGCUCACCGGAGGUCAACGACGACAGAUUGCCCGUCCCUCUCGCGGUUCUCGAGAGACGGACUGUCUUCGCAAGAUAUCCGGAGCUUUUGAGACGCUUCGAAAAGGCGCAGUGGAAAUAUUGUCCUCUGACAUUCGAGCCGAACGAGCGGCAAAGUCUCACCGCAGACCACAUUGUUCCCAUUUGCAGGAAGAAAAAAAUCAAUGAAGGUGGAACAGCUCGCAUCUAUGAGAUCGUUGUGCAAGAAGAGUUCGUCACAGAGGCGCUUGCCAAGGCAGUACCGCGCUCGCGAUUUGUCGACGAGGACUAUGGGCUUUGCCAUAUAUUUGCCUUGAAGACUUACAAAAAUGGCAAUGAAGAGCUGUACGAGAACGAGCGAAACGCCUUUCGAGGACUGAGCACGAACAGAGGUAUGAUCAAGUACUUGCUCGACUACUCCCAAGUUGGAGGAAGGCCGUCCGCCAACGACUCCGCGAAUCAAACGUUCCAUCUUGUGCUAGAACUUGGGGAGCUCGAUCUCGAUCAAUACUUUCAUUUCUAUCUACCUCCAGUCCUGGUGGAAGAACAGCUCCAUUUUUGGUCGCAUGUCUUCCUCGUGGCGGACACUAUCCGAGAUAUCCAUGCUUUUUAUCAUGCGGGAAACCUCGGGCCCGAGAAGUAUUACGGAUGGCACAACGACGUAAAGCCGCAGAAUAUCCUCUACGUUCAAGGGGUGUUCAAGCUGGCUGAUCCUGGCUUUGCCCGUUUUGAGAAGCAGGAUAUCGAAAGCAGGGACGCAACGGACUAUAUGGGAGGAACAAGCACCUUUGGUGCACCCGAGUGCUAUAUCCUCGAACACCAGAAGCGGUGGGGGAAGCGAUCAUCUCUAAUACCGCGGUCGAGCGACAUCUGGUCGCUUGGAUGUGUCCUUUCCGUCGCAGCGACAUGGUCCGUGUAUGGUACCAGUGGGCUAGAACAAUUCGCAGAGUUACGCCGGCAAGCAAUCAAACACAUCAUCGACAACAAAGCCGUCCCGGAGCAGUCGGAGGUCCCACUUGAGGCAGGUGAUUUCUUCCACGACGGCCAGAGGGCCCUUGAAGCUGUUAGUCUCUGGCACAGCUUCUUGCGACAAGGGCUUCGAAAGAGCGAUAGAUUCACGGAGAAGGUUCUCGACUUUAUCGAAAAUGCCAUGCUUGUUUCCAACCCGGCUCUCCGCAUAUCCGCCCAAAAGCUAUGCGAAGAGCUGUACAAGAUCAAGGAAAGCGCUACUGGCUUCCUAGGCGAUGCUGUGGUUGCAGACUGCAUCAGGGAUGCCAUUCAGACAACUCAACUCCGCUGGGAAGAAGGUCUCGUCGAAGCUUCCCAGUCUCGGGCCAAAGAGAGCAAGGCAUCAAUGCCUAGCCGCAACAGUGUCGAGCUCCGAGCUCAGUCCCCCGCAGGUGCUCGGGUGCCCACCUCACAACUCCCGCAAACACGAGUUAGUCACCGGAGCAGGGCGGUUGGGCACAAUCUACAGUCGUUCAUCAUUACGUCGCGAGGCUUAAUGCCAGGUACAGCGCAUGACGAUUCUCUCACCACCCGCGACGCAUCGCCUCAUCGCUCAUCUAUGGCAGGACAUCUUGAUGUUGUGCAAGAGGAAGAGCGUUAUAGUCAACCACAUGAGGAUAUCUCCCUUGCACAGUCUUCUGUGCUGCUCACGCCCCCACAACGUGCAUUUACAACGACAUCAACGAGAUCACGAUCAUCGACACUGAGCACCAAGAUGAAGUUCUGGAGAAAAGAAACGCCGAGGGGCGAUCCUGAGCUGCGCCAUUAUUUCGAAGACCGGGACAUUUUAUUCCUCGUUGACAACGGCGCAAGCAUGGCUGAACACUGGGGGCAUGUCAAGAUCAAGCUCAUCCAGCUUGUUGAACAUGCUGGUAACAUUGACAAGGACGGCAUGGACCUGAUGUUCACAGCCAGCAGCACCGGAUUCAAACCAACAAAUAAAGUUGUUUCAUUCCAAAAGGAGCUAGAUAACGAAAAGCAUACUCCAAAGCAACGAGCCGAGACCAACAUGAGUGUUGUGCUAGGCAGCAUUCUGAACAAGUAUCUUGAGACGGUGGCGCAAUGGAAGAAAUCCAUGCCUCGCAAAAUGACCAUCAUCGUGUUGACAGACGGAAAGUGGAAGGACAUGAAAAACAGUUUCGCCGUCGACGAUAAGAUUGUGGAGUUCAGCGAACAUCUCAAGAAACUUCGACCAAACACCUUGGAGGAGGAUGAAAGACGUCUCAGCAUCCAAUUUGUCCAAUUUGGCAAUGACGCUCAAGCUACACACAGACUGACGCGCUUGGACGAUCAUUUGCUGUACCGUGGCGUUCCAGAUAUUGUUGACCACAAACGGGCUCACGCCGAGCCAUUUGACAUCUUUGCUGGCAGCGUGUCGCCAGCCGCCGAUGGUUAUGCCGCAGACGAAGUCAGCCCGGGGAUGACCACAUCGCCGGAAGGGAUGGAGGUCUACGACGAGCGGGGCAAUUCCUCCUUGGGUAGCCCUCGAAGGCAUUCCAGAAGCACGGGCAACGGAUUCCAGAUGCCAAGACAGCCAUCAGCGUUGGUACUGCCUGUCUCUGUCGAACAGUCGCAGCCGACACCGCCGAGGCAUCCUCGGUCGUCAGAAUCGAGGCAAUCAUCGAACAGCCAGGACCCAGCUCGCCCUUGGCCUCCUGCAUUUAACUUCAUCGGGCACUAA